AUGGCAAGCAGGUUCUGGGCAGGCAGCUCGUCGUCCGAGGAAGAGAGCGACGUCUCGGACGUGUCGGAUGUCGAGACGUCGCAGCAGCAGGCGGCGCGUGCAGCUUCGCGCUGGGCCGUUCAAUCGGACUCGGACUCGGACGAAGAAGUGCGCGUGGUCAAGAGCGCCAAGGACAAGUCGCUCGAGAGCAUGGAGCGCAGUUGCAAUGGCAUUAAGAACCACAUGAAAAUCAACGACUGGACGCAGAUCCAGAGCGCGUUCGACGACUUGACGAAGCAGCUGGAGCGAGCGAAGAAGACCAUGACGGCGUUGCCGACGUUCUACCUCUCGACGAUGGUGGCGCUGGAAGACUUUCUAGCUGAGAAAGUCAAGAACAAGACCGAGCAAAAGAAGAUGAACAAGGAAAACAGCAAGGCACUGAUUCGCAUGAAGGGCAAGCUCAAGAAGGCUCUUGAGCCGAUCCGGAAACAGGUUGACGCGUUCCGUGCUAAUCCAGUGGACUCAAGUGAGAGUGAGUCCGAAAGCGAGUCCGAGAGUGAGUCGGAGAGCUCAUCGAGUGAAAAGUCUGGAUCCAAAGCGUCGUCGUCGGUGGCCUCAUCGGCGGAUUCUGAUGACAGUAGCAACGAGUCUGGCUCGGACGACGACAGUAGUGACGACGACAAGUCGGACGCGGACGACGAUUCUGACAGCUCGGAUGGCUCGUGGCCGAGCAAAUCGUCGGCCUCGUCGUCGUCUUCUGAAGACGAUGAUAAUAUGCCUAAAGGUCGUGCUCGAUGGCUAAAGCAGACGCCGGUGAUGACGAAGGCCAAGAAGGUGAAGGGUCCCAAAGUGGUCAAGCAGCGGGAGACUCGUCGGGAGUCGGAGGACGAUGUUCAAAAGACGGUUGUUGAAGAGGAACUCAAGCUCACGCCUAGCCAAUUUGACCGUCGUGUGAAAGAGGUGGUUGCUAUGCGUGGCAAGAAAGGCAUUGACAUUUCGGAGCAGCUCAACCAGAUGCGGAAGCUGGCCAACUAUGCUGGUCGACUUGGUCCUGCCCGCCAGAUCGUGGCCACCAUGUACUUGGUAGGUACAUCUGUCUUUGACACCUCGUCCAAGAUUGACCGCGUCAUGUCGGGGCGUCAUUGGAAGCAAGUGCAAACCAACAUCUGCACCAUCCUCUCUCUUCUCGAAAAGAACACAGACUUCUCGCUUGCCCCUUUGACAUCAGAAGACCAAGCUGACAUCGUGCGUGCCGGUCGCGAGAAGGUCACUGCUGCCCAGAUUGCCGCGGCUGCGGCUGAGGAUGCUGAGGAGGACAUGAAGUUUGUAGAUACGCUGCCACAGGCCGGCGCGAAGGGCACGAUCAAAGUCUCUGGUGACCUUGCUGCAUUUGUUGAUCGUCUUUCAGAGGAGUACACGAAGAGUCUACAGCAGACCGAUCCGCACGCGAGCGAGUACGUUGCUCGUCUGUACGACGAGAACAUGCUGAUCGAGGUGGCUGAGCGCGUGCAGACAUUUUACGCCCGCAAGAAGGAUUUCGAGCGUGCUGCCACUAUGGCUCUCGUGCGUGCCGAACUCAUCUACUACAAGCACGACUCCAUCGCUGCGGCCCUGUACGAGGCCCAGGCGAAACGUGCCAAAUUUGGUGACCCCGUGUUCCUCCACCCUGCUUGCACAAGCACUCAUGCCAGCAAGACGAAGGAGCUUGAUGUAUCGAAAGUGCACCCAGCAUCUGCUAUGGGCCAACCUACAGUGUCUGUGACCGCGGUGGAUGCCGAGAAGCUGCUACGUGAAGUGUGUCGCUUCGUAUUCCAGCACGGUGAUAUCCGUGCCAAGACCCGUGCGAUGCUGUGCCGCAUCUACCACCACGCUCUGCAUGACCGCUUCCAUGAGGCUCGAGACCUGCUACUGAUGUCGCACAUUCAAGACAACAUCUCGGAUGCUGAUAUUCCUACCCAGAUUCUGUUCAACCGUAUGAUGGCCCAGCUCGGUCUAUGUGCUUUUCGCUGUGGUCUGAUUUGGGAAGCUCAUGCUUGUUUGUCGGAGAUCUGUACAGGCUCACGAACAAAAGAGCUGCUUGCUCAAGGCCUGCAGUCCUUCCGCUAUGGUGAGCGUGAUCUAGAGCAGGAGCGUCUGGAGCGUCGUCGUCAGGUGCCAUAUCAUAUGCACAUUAACCUUGACUUGCUUGAGACGUGCCACCUUGUGAGUGCGAUGCUACUGGAGGUGCCGAACAUGGUUAAUGCGCGUCUGUCCGACCGCAAGCGCAUGGUGUCGAAGGCCUUCCGCAAACUCCUUGAGUUCCACGAACGCCUUAUUUUCGAGGGUCCCCCUGAAAAUCCCCGCGACCAUGUUGUUGCUGCUGCCAAACUGCUCGCUCAGGGAUCGUGGCGUAAGAGUGCCGACCUCCUCGUGAGUCUUCCUGUGUGGGACUUAUUCCCGGGUGCCAACGUGAACCAGCGUGUCAAGUCCAUGGUUCAGCAUAAGAUUCAGGUUGAGGCGCUGCGGACGUACCUCUUGGCAUUCGGUGACGAGUACGAUUCAGUGAGCCUUGCUCGGCUGAUGGAGAUGUUUGAACUGGAUGACAAGACCGUGCACAGUGUCGUGUCCAAGAUGAUGAUCAACGAGGAACUCCAGGGCGCCUGGGACCAGGCCUCGCAGGCCAUCGUCCUGUACAAGACCGAGCGGUCUACGUUGCAGACGCUUGCAGUACAGUACUCGGACAAGCUGUCGCAGAUUAUGGAGAACAAUGAGCGCAUGAUGGACCUGCGCUCGGGAACGGGCAAGGAAGAGUGGGGCAACCGCCGUAGCGGUGGCGACGGUCGUCGUGGCGGUGGCCGUAUUGGUUUUAGUGCAGGCGGUGGUCGUCGUGGUGAUAAUCCGAGUGGACGCGGUGGAUUCCGUCCCCGUCGCGGUGGUGGUGCUGGUGGUGGUGGUGGUGGUGGUCGAGGUUCUCGACAACAGCGCCAGUAG